UCGAUUAUACCUGAUUCAGGGUGCCCUCUGCCAGCAAGAAUGGCGAGUAGCUGAAUUGCUCCACAAGCUGUUGUCCAUCAUUAAGUCUCGCCUUGGCCACUCGUAUAAGAACGUGCGUGACCGCUCAGGGAGUGUUCUUUGCAGUAUCCUGAUGUAUGACAGUCCUCUACCCAACUCUCUAGCCUCACUGUCACCCAACAGAACAGACUUCGUGAGAAGCAUUCUACCUCGACUCGAUUGCCUUCUGAGUCUAACAGCAACAGACAAGGAAGACAUGUCUACUGCUGGGGUUGACAUGGCUAAGGUCAAAGAGGGAUCUGCUGAAAGUGAAGCUGUUAAGCUUUUGAAGACAAUUACAAACUGGCUUCUUACACAUGCUGUCAGGGCUUAUAACAGCUGCUUUCAACAGUUUUUCGAUUUGCUGCCUUAUGUCAUUCUCUUCGAUUCCCAAGAAGAAGAUCCAGAGCUACAGCACCAUUGUCGAAAUACUGUCAGCUACAUGGGUCAAGUCGAACUGCCGGACGAGUUUUUACCCCGUGCUAUUGAAGAAGUUAAGAAGAUCGCUAAACAGAACUUGUGGUACGCAAGAAAAAGCAUCUUAUCCUAUCUUCAGCUGAUGGUGUUCACCAAUCAGUUUCGUAUCAGCGAGCAACCAGCUUAUUUACGAGAAAUCCAUGAUUUAGUACUUGGUAUGAUGCUGGACGAGAGACUUGAGGUUCGUGAAAUGGCAGCGGAAACCUUCAGUGGCCUUCUUCAUUAUGGAAUAUUCACCUUGGAAAAAGAUGUUCAGGAGAAAUUCAGGAAGAUGGCCAAGACUAAGCUCAGCAAGAAGCGCAAGGCAGGUGUGGCUGGCAGCGAAACACCAAACGGCGACAGUGAGCAUCUUCUGAAGCGUCACGCAGGCGUGUUGGGGUUAGCAUGCUGUGUGAAGGCUUUUCCUUAUGACGUACCUACCUGGUUACCUGAGAUGAUCAUCGACCUGGGAAGUCACUUACACGAUCCUAUACCAAUAGAAACCACAGUAAAGAAUGCGCUUUCUGAUUUCCGUCGAACUCACCACGACAAUUGGCAGGAACACAAGCAGAUGUUCACUGAAGACCAACUUGUCAUCUUAACUGACCUGCUAGUGUCUCCCUGUUAUUAUGCGUGAGGUGUCUUAUCGUUCAUAGACUAUCUUUGCCUAUGAACCUUAAAGAUACCCGCAUAAAAAUACGCUGGAAUACCAGACAGGAUUCCCGUUUCAAACAAGACCUCGUCUGCGCAAGCCGCACAAACGACCAAGUGAUAAACAACUCAGACGUUUGCGCAGGAUUUCCCGUCGUGUAAAGGCAAAAGAUCUUUUGCGUAACAUCACAGCGGUUCAUUAAUGGUUUUAUGAUUUGUUUUCACAAAACGUCCUUGAGUUUCUUUCGCACUCUACAAAAGUCCCGUACCAUUGACAGGUAGAAAGAUUAAGAAAAACCGUCUUUUAAUGGCGAGUGCUUUUGCGCAAAUUCAGGUUUAACGAAGCACGCGGCAAAUGAUCCCGUUUUAGAAUUAUUCUCAUUUGUUUAACUGAACUGAAUGCCUUCCUUGUAAAAUACCCUAUUUGGUGGAAGGAGGG